GCCGUGCAUGCCUGACCUGGGUACACACAUGCAUACUCUCAUGAAUGACUUCCUGGAGCUGAAAGCCAUAGCUGAAGUUUCCGCGAAUUGAGCUGAGUGCACACAUCUCAGCCUGUUGAACACACAGUGAACGACGCUUUGACCGUCGUGAGAGGGCAAUGGCGAGUCUGCUGACAACGGCAAGUUGGCCCCCGACCUUGGAGUCAUGGAAGCUAGCGCUGGAGUCACUUUUUUUGAAUAUCAUUACCGAUGGACACCUACUUGUCGAGACGCUCCUGGUGGUGGUGAUUGUCGCUCUAUUGCUGCAGAAAAGCUACCAACCACAGAAGCGGCCGUUAUCAGAAGCUGAAAUUGAUCAGCUAUGUGAGGAAUGGGAGCCAGAGCCUUUGCACCCCCCAUUGACUGAGAUUAUGAAGACUUUCAAAGAACCAGUGCUCGAGAGUGCAGCAGGUCCUCACACGGUCGUCAAUGGGAAGGAUGUGAUUAAUCUGACUUCUUUCAACUUUCUUGGGCUGAUUGGCAAUGAAGAAAUGCAAAGGGUAUCCAGAGCUGCGAUAGAGAAAUAUGGGGUCGGUGCGUGUGGGCCACGAGGAUUCUAUGGCACAAUCGAUGUUCAUGUUGAGUUUGAAGAGCGCGUCGCGAGGUUCAUGGGAACAGAGGACUGCAUUCUAUAUUCGUAUGGGCUUGCCACUGCACCGAGCACAAUCCCGGCAUUCUGUAAGCGUGGCGAUAUAAUUAUCUGUGAUGAAGCAGCACACUGGGGAAUCCAAAAUGGAAUUCAUCUGUCGAGAAGUACAGUAGCUUGGUUCAAGCACAAUGACAUGGAUGAUCUCGAGGCAAAACUGAAAGCUGUCAAAGAGGAAGAUGUGCGUAAAAAGCGACGGAAGGUUGUGAAUCGGCGGUUCAUCAUUGUGGAGGCGAUUUGUCAGAAUACAGGAUUUGUCACCCCUAUGGACAAGAUCAUGGAGCUUAAGAAGAAGUACCAUUUCCGUGUCAUUGUUGACGAGAGUCUUUCGCUUGGUGUGAUGGGCAAAACUGGGAGAGGAUGCACGGAACACUUCAACAUUCCAGUGCAAGAUGUGGACAUGAUAAUUGCUGGUAUGGGUUUUGCAUUUGCUUCAAUUGGUGGCUUCUGUUGCGGAUCACAUAAAGUUGUUGAUCACCAGAGGUUAAUGGGAGCAGGCUAUUGUUUCUCAGCAGCCCUUCCACCAUAUUUAGCAAGCAAUGCCAUUGCAGCAAUUGAUCAGUUGGAGAUGUAUCCGUCUCUUCUCACCAAGCUGCAGGAUAAUGUGCGGCUGCUCCGCAAAGCUUUGCAGGAUACACCUGGAAUGGUUGUAGGCAGCAAUGAGAAUUCCCCUGUAAUUCACAUGUAUUUGAAGAAUUCGACUAACUCCUUCGGAGGAGACUUCAUGGUUCUGCAGAAAAUUGUUGAGAAGAUGCUCGAUGACAAGUCUGUGCUGCUCACAUGUACAAAAAGGAUGCCUCUGGACAGAGUGCGCUGGCCUGCAAGUAUCCGGAUUGCAGUCUCUGCAGGUCACAAUGAUAAGGAUCUCCUUGCUGCAGCUGAGUCCCUGAAGGUUGUCGCAGCAAGCGUCCUGGAGUCGUGAUGCCAAGCUUCGUGGAUGUAGGGUCCGGCAGGAUAUGAUUGAGAUGGUUCGUCUGACGCGGCUACGACCUGCACUGUGGCUUCGAGGCAUGGAAAUGUUAUCAAAGGAGAGCAUUCUGACCAACUGCAUGCUGGAAUCAUGGAAGAGGUUAAUACAUUGCCAUGUAGUGACCACAUGUGUUCGCUGAUUUCAACACGAAUGGGACAGGACAUUUGAGGAGUUGGGCUCCAUUGCUGAUUGGUCUGUGAUUGAUCCCCCUCUGACCGUUUCAAGGUUUCCUUCUGGACAUGCAGACUGUAAUUGCAAGGAGGUAAGUGCAAGAGAGUGAGCAAGUGAGUGCAAACGGGGUACAAAUAUGGAGAGGGAUGGAGUUGGAAUUCACGCUUUAUCCCGUCGCAUGUCACGGAUGGAGAACAAAUGAACUGAAGAGGGUCUGAAUUUCUGACGGGUAGUGUGUAUGCUCAUGUCAGGGAUAGGAAGGAUGGAGAAUAAAUGAAUUGAGAGGGUCUGAAUCUCUGACGGGUAGUGUGUAUGCUCAUGUCAGGGAUAGGAAGUACGAUACUAUGACCUGCUUUAUCCCAUCGCAUCGCUGGGAGGAUUGUGUGAUGCUUUGUUGCAUCCUAUUGGAUGAGAGGAUAUUAAUUAGCUCAUAUUAUACUUUUUUGUAUAGGUCGACGUGUAGUGUAUUCUUCGUGCCUUACUGAGGCCGAAGGCGCGUUAGGGAUUGCCUGUAUCGCUCUGAUGUUAUAUGCACCACCAGAACCAUUCCUAAGAGUCCAAGCCAUUACUCGCUGACUUAGAGAAUCAUGUCGUUCAGCCACUACAUAAUCGAGUUCGUUAUCCUCAUUCGUUCCGACUUUUAUCUCCCGAGCCGGCCUCGGAGGUGCGAGCCUCUUGUUGCUCGGUUUGACCAAGUGCUUUUCCAUGCGCAUUUCGGCAACGAGAUCACUACUCGAGCUGAGAUUCGUCGUUGCAACGUUUUGCUCUCUCUUUUUGUCGUUUGUGGUGUGGUGUUCAGAUACCGAGUACACAGCAGGUGGGUUUGGAUGGAAAGAGAACUUGCAACUGCUCGGAACCAGGUCACGAGCUCCAUUCCGAACCCGCCCAAAUUGCGGCCCAAACAGGAUUUGAGCUGAGGCGCACCUAUCAGGGCAUACUCGCACUCGGACUUUUCUACGAAGCUCUGUGAAUAUGAUUGCUGUCAGAUUCAUCCAGGUUUGAUGUGUUUUGGAUAGUGUGCUGGUGUGAGUAAUACUGAGUAUGCCCUCAGUGCCCCUCGCUCUUGGAAGGGCAUACCAGUUUUUUGUUUCCUUUGUUUUGUGUGUUUUCUUUGGAAGGAUGACGGCCUUGAGAUAUCGUCAUUGAAUC